AGGCCAGAGACACAGCUGGCAGUUGGCUCAACUCAAAACAUCACGUAUCAUUUCACACACAAGCAAGACAGACCAAUGUUGAGUCCAAGAAAUGUGCGUAUUUAUUUUUAGUUCGUCGUAGCAAUUACCUCAUUUGAGAUUUACUCAAUAAUUAAGUGGCGACCGCCAGUUGAUCUCCAACCUAACUUCGAAAGUGCCUAGUCUCGAAUUAGAUUUACAUAGACGAAAAAUUGCACACUGAGAGCAGUAGCAAGUUGAAAAAGUGGAAGAAACCAAAAUGGGAACCGUCGAAAUUUUCCAGAGAAUUUUGUAUGCAAUCGCCCGCGGAAUCUAUGACAGCUCAAUGGGAUUUUUUAAUUUGGCCCAUCUAGACAAGAAGAUACAAGAGCGAGAGCUACAAACGCCAGUUCGAAGGCAAAGCAGUAAAAAGAACGAGAAAUCCGCCGAGAAGUCAAACUUGAUGCAGCAAACUCUGCAGUGUUGCACUCUCAACGGUGGCAUCUUCCUCUUCAGCAUCGUUGUGUUUGACUUCUUCCUCCUGCCCGUGCUGGGAGAAAUUGUUAUAUUCCUGGGGACUGACCAAGAAACGUGGUUGUGGACAAAGUCACUGCUCUCCUGGACCUUCGGGGCGGUUUGGGUCUUGCCAAUAUUUUUCCUGAGCAAACUGAUCAACGCCCUUUGGUUUCAGGACAUUGCAAACUCUGCGUAUCGCUACUCGCGAGGUCGGCCUGUAAUGAUGCCCAGCCUGAGCAAAACCGUGGCUGACUUUCUGUUCAGCCUGCUGGUGCAGUCGCUGUUUCUAGUGCAAGCCACGCUGGUGAGCAAGUUGCCGCUGCACCCGCUGGGCUACGUUCUCAGCUUGAUCCACCUGAGUCUGCUCUACUCGUUGUACGCCUUCGAGUACAAAUGGUUCAACAUGGGCUGGGAGCUGCACAAAAGGCUCACUUUCAUCGAAACCCAGUGGCCCUACUUCUUGGGAUUUGGCUUGCCGCUCACUUUUUGCACAUCGAUGGCGACCUCUCCUAUUAUGAAUGGCUGCUUGUUCUCAAUUUUGUUCCCGUGGUUUAUCGUCAGUGCCAACGAAGCUCAAGUUGUUGCCAACUCUUGUGAUUAUCCAAUGCAACUCUUCAUGCCCGUGAUCGCAAUUUCCAACUUGGCGUUCAACAAAACUGUUGGAACUGGUGGAAAUGCAGCUGGCGCGAACCCAAAAACAGCAUCUGCUAGAGUGCAGAAGUCGUAGAGGAGGCUGAUGUCCAAACGCCGACUACCGGAGCACCCAUCAAUAUACAUUCAUAUUUUUGCUGCAUAUUGAAAUGAUGACAAAAGUGACUCAAUUGAACCAUCAUAAAAAAUACCACAAGACUGAUGCAUUACUUGCAACAUAUUGACCGUUUUCAAGGAUCACGCAAACUUUUUGUUCAAUUUUCAUUUUGGAUAAUGUUUGAUUUUCAAGUGAAUGGCUGUGAUUGAUUUAAAAUAAAGCAUGAAUAGCCACUUAA